CCUUAGGGUUAGCGAAGUUAGCGGACUGAGAUCAUGCCGUAAGGGUCGCCGACAUGUGGGUCCCGACCCCAGAUGUCAGCGACCUCCACUGCACGUGACGUACGGCACAAGCGCCGCGCGUUUAGCGGUAGCAGAAUCCCCCAUGCCGUCUCUCUCCCUCAACCUCUCUAUUCUUUUGUUCGUGGCUCCAGCGGGCCUCCUAAGCGAAGCGACCGUGUUUAGGGCCGCGGCUAGCGACGCCGUUCUGUAGCUCCGGGGUCGUCGACGCUAGCCGACCAUCUGCUGCAACCCAAGGAUUCGGGUCCACAGUGUGAUAAUGUUCUCAAAGUAAAGGCCGUCUGGAUUGUGCCAUCGCGGGGAACGGGAAGAAGGAAGGAAUUGUACAGCGUAAUGGCGGUUGCCACGCUUCUGCUCCGGAGGGCGCUUUCGUCGUUCCACCAUGAUGUUUAUAUUCGCUGCCUUCUCUCCAGUUCUGAUCUACAUUCCAUGGUCAAUUCUUCCAAUCUGAGAUUUUGGAGGGGCUACCACAACUCUGGGAAGUUUGAUUUUACUGAUAUGACCGAUCCUCAUAUGUGGUACCCGAAUGCCCGAGAAAAGAAGCGCAAAGUAUUUUUACACGUCGGUCCUACAAACAGUGGGAAAACACAUAAUGCUCUCAAGAGAUUAGAAGCAAGUUCUUCAGGUGUGUACUGUGGACCUCUAAGAUUGUUAGCACGGGAGGUAGCAAAAAGAUUAAACAACGCUGAUGUCCCUUGUAACUUGAUUACUGGACAAGAAAGGGAAGAAAUUGAAGGUGCAAAGCAUAGCUCAGUGACGGUUGAGAUAGCUGAUGUGACAACUGAGUAUCAGUGUGCUGUUAUUGAUGAGAUUCAGAUGAUUGGCUGUAAAACAAGGGGUUUUUCAUUCACGCGUGCACUUCUGGGGCUUUGUUCAGAUGAGCUUCACGUUUGUGGUGACCCAGCUGCUGUUCCUAUUAUUCAGCGAAUGCUUGAACCUACUGGUGAUGUUGUUACGGUUCAAUAUUAUGAGAGACUGUCUCCUUUGGUUCCUCUGAAGUCUACACUUGGAUCUUUCUCUAACAUCAAGGAAGGGGAUUGCAUGGUAACGUUCUCACGGCGUGAGAUAUAUAAGCUUAAGAAAAAAAUUGAAAUGGAGGGGAAGCAUCUUUGUUCUGUAGUCUAUGGCUCUUUGCCACCAGAAACUCGAACAAAACAGGCAACAAUGUUUAAUGAUGAAGCCAGUGAACUUAAUGUGCUGGUGGCUAGCGAUGCUAUUGGAAUGGGUCUUAAUCUGAACAUUUCUAGAAUUAUUUUCUCUACGCUGGAGAAGUUUGAUGGCGUCCGCAUGAGGGAACUAACUGUGCCUGAGAUCAAACAGAUUGCUGGAAGAGCUGGGAGAUAUGGGUCUAAAUUUCCAGUUGGUGAAGUGACCUGUCUACAUGCGGAAGAUCUCCCAUUACUGCACUCAUCUCUGAAGUUGCCUUCCCCCAUUAUAGAGCGUGCUGGACUUUUCCCCACCUUCGAUCUAUUGUCUGUGUAUUCAAGAUUGCAUGGAACCGACUUUUUUCACCCUAUUUUGGAACGUUUCUUGGAGAAGGCUAAGCUGUCUCCGGACUAUUUUAUUGCCGAUUGUGAAGAUAUGCUGAAAGUUGCUGCUAUUGUUGAUGAAUUGCCUCUUGGGUUGUACGAUAAAUACAUCUUUUGUCUCAGUCCAGUGGAUGUGCGUGAUGAUAUAUCUACUCAAGGAUUAAUUCAGUUUGCAGGAAAUUAUGCAAAGAAGGGCACUGUUCGACUUAAAGAAAGAUUUACAUCCGGAACACUCCGGGUGCCCAAAACACACAAUCAACUCAAGGAGCUUGAAUCAGUUCACAAGGUCCUAGAGUUGUAUGUGUGGUUAGGCUACAGAUUUGAGGACUCUUUCCCAGACCGUGAACUGGCGGCUUCCCAAAAGUCAAUCUGUAGCAUGUUGAUUGAAGAAUAUCUUGAGAGAUCAGGAUGGCAGCAACAAGGACAAAAGAGGUUUUUACAUAGUCCACGGAAAUUGCGCCAAGAAUAUGAUGCAUCACAAUUGCGUGGGUAUUUUCAAGAAAUUGAUACAAGAUCAAAAUAGAGGCUGAUACCAGAAAAGGUACCUAAUCGCAUUCAUACAACAUUUGAGCAAACGUCCAGGUGCCUCUUCCUAUUGGAUAUAUGAUCACUGACAAGCAGCAGCAUUGACGCUUUGGGUGACAGAAGAUCUACUUGGAUUGCGAUCAUUGAGGUUGACACUAAGUAGUAUUUAGGCAGCAUUUAUACUCCAUCCAUCAUAUCUUGUAGGUAUUCUUUCAGUUACAAAUGACACUGUACAUUGUAUGUAAAACAUGAGAAGCAAAGCAUAAAGAAACCAUUUGUUAUGUUACACGGCACGGACUGAUUUGUGCAAUGACAAUAAGUGCCUGUCUUGGGCUGUUGUUACUUCGUAUACUAACAGAAAGUCAUAAAUUA